AUUUUGGCAUUCAUUCGUACAGGUCCAGAUUAAUAGCAAACAACGGCACAAUGUUUUAUUUAAUUGGUUUAGGUCUCGGAGACGCAAAGGAUAUAACCGUUCGGGGUUUAGAAAUAGUUAAAAAGUGUGAUAAAGUUUUGCUGGAAGCAUAUACAUCAGUACUUACUGUGGGCAAAGAAGUACUAGAAGACUUCUACAACAGGCCACUUAUCAUUGCUGACAGAGAGCUGUGUGAAGGUAACAUAGAUGAUUUCCUCAAAGAAGCCAAGGACAAAGAUGUAGCACUACUGGUGGUUGGUGAUCCUUUGGGAGCUACAACUCAUAGUGAUAUGCUCUUAAGAGCUCGGCAGUAUGGAGUGGAAUUUCAGGUAGUGCACAAUGCUUCAAUUAUAAACGCUGUAAGCUGCUGUGGACUCCAACUUUACAAUUUUGGUGAAACUGUUUCAAUUCCCUAUUGGACAGAAACAUGGCAGCCAGAUAGCUGGUUUCAGAAAAUUAUUGAAAAUUUUUCAAGAAACUUGCACACACUUUGCUUAUUAGACAUCAAAGUAAAAGAGCCAACUGAAGAGUCUCUGACAAAGAAAGUAAGGCAGUAUAUGGAUCCAAAAUUUAUGUCCGUCAAAGAAGCAGCAUCACAGUUAGUUAAAGUUAUCGAAAGAAAUCCUGACUCAGGUAUGACACAGGAGAGUCUUGCAGUAGGUCUAUCAAGAGUUGGAUCGCCAGAACAAAAAAUCGCAGUUCGGAGUCUGCAGGUGAUGCAAGAUUGCGAUCUCGGUCCGCCGUUACACAGUCUCGUCAUUCCCGCGCCCACCCUACAUCCGCUCGAACUCGAAUAUCUAGCGCAGUUCAGAUAG